GCCACCAGUCCACCGCAGUUAGACAUGGCAGCGCUGAGACCAGAGCAUCGCUAUGGGCUCUCCUGUGGAAAAAAUGACAAAAACACCUCGAACAAAACAUUUUACCAUGUCAAGCUCACCGACACUGCCAUGCGAGCACUGGAAGCCUAUCAAAACCUUAAGGGUUUCUUACCAAAUCAGCCAACUAUUUGCUUCAAGGGGAACCAAGGGUACAUCAAGAUUCCAGUCCCUUCCUCUGAUCCCAGCGGUGCUGUGCGUGUCUUCUCCUUCUACCUGUCUGGUGACAACAAAGAACAGCCUCAGGCCAGCUUUGAAUGCAUUCACCACUAUGUUACUGGGGACAAUCAGGAAAAGCUGGAGUGCCCGGGCAUCAUUCAGGACAAGAUCACGGUGUGCGCCACCGAUGACUCCUACCAGGCAACCAAGGAGCGCAUGUCUCAGGUGGAGAAGGACAACUGGAGCAGGACAGCCAUCGAGAUCAAACCAGGGUCCACACCUCCCAGUAAAUCUGUCAAGAUGCCAGUCAAGAGGCCAGCUCUGCCCUCGACCUCAGGUACUAUCAACAGGCAUUCCCCCAGCCACAAAAGGGGCGGGACAUGGCCCCUGGUGGCCAAUCGGCCGCUCAGAGACCGCAUCAUCCACCUGCUGGCACUGAAGCCCUACAAGAAGCCAGAGCUGCUCCUGUGGCUGGACCGUGAGAAAGCCAGCGCCAAAGAUAAGGCUGACCUGGGAUCAGUGCUGGAGGAGGUUGCUAAGCUGAAUGCCAGGGAGAGUUUCAUCCUGAAGGAUGAGUUUUACAGACACAUCCAACGCGACUGGCCUGGGUACCUGGAGGAAGAGAGACAGCUUGUGCUCAGGAUGUUGGCCAGGAAGACACAGCCCCUCAACAGCUGCCAAUCAAAGAGUUUCCUGUCGAACCCUUCCCUGCAGGAACCCACAGAGCCUUCUACGUCAUAUUUCAUCCCAGGGAAGAACCAGGUUGUGAAACGGCCGGCACCCCCUGUCCCACUGCAAAGCCGAGCUGACAAGAAGAAACCAAGAGUAUCGGCCCAGACCCCAGGCUCAGGGCCCCUCCCCAACAGCACCCCUUCCCCUGCCGCCACCAGUUUACACGUCAAAGAUGCGAGUCAGAAGACCGGGGAUAGCCGGCUGGGUAGCCAGAACGACAAUCCUCCCCCUCAGCCCAGCACAAGCUCCACUGAUGUGCCAAGGACAGCGCAGCUCCCCCUGCAGGCUGGCCCCAUGCCUCCCCGCACUGAACCCGCCGUCUGCACUGACGAGCAGCUUGCUGACAGCCAGCACAAGAAGAAGAAAGCCAAGAAGCAGAUGGAGAAGGAGAGGGAGCGGUUGAAAGACGAUGGGAAGGGCGAGUCGGUGGAGGCUCAUCCUGACCUCAAGCCCAACGUGGAAACGCGUGACAGGCAGGAGGGUGCAAAGACACCUGUCACUUCGCCACCCCCUGCAGAGGUACCUGACUACAUACUAGUGUACGGUCCCAUAACUGCUUUGGAGCAGCGGCAGAGGUACAAGGAGGACUUCUGCGCUGAGUACGAUGAGUACAGGGAGCUGCACUCCCGAAUCAGCAGCGUCACUGAGAUAUUUGUCCAGCUGAGCGCCAAAAUAAAGACCAUCUCCUCGGGAACAAAGGAGUACAAGGUGCAGGAAGCUUGGCUGCCGUUGGCUCAGUGGGGACAGAGACAUCGGGCGCUGCUGCAGGAACUGUGUGCUCUGUUGUGUCAUCGUUUGUUUAGCUUGGAUCUUAUGGAGGAGCAAAUAAUAGACAAGUACAACAAGUAUAAAAAGAAGUUUCCUCAUUAUCGGGAGGAGAAGAGGCGCUGUGAAUAUCUGCAUCAGAAACUGUCGCACAUCAAAAGCCUCGUCGCGGACUUCGACCGGAAACAGGCAACUUUGUAGUGCUGGCAUCACCUGUGGCUCUGGAGGGACCAAAAGGCUCUGCAGCAAGGUUCUCGUAGCUGUGAAUGGACUCUGAAAGCAGCACACACUAAAUGGCUUUUUCCAGCUCUAUUCUUGUUUCUGUGCUGAGGUGAUGCAGGUUCGAUGCUGUCAUGUAUUUAGGAGUGGACAGUGACCAGUGACUCGUGAUUGGUUCCGGCUCUUUAUUGUUGCAGUUUCCAUGGUUAUGGAAGGAGUGUUCUGUGUCAGAUAAAAUUUCAAGAGAGUGUUCUGCAUCUGAUAUAAUUUGCCACAUUUUUGUGUUUCUGUGGCAACAUCAUCCAAAAUCCUUUUUCACAUGGGUAAAAAAACAGGCACAGUGCUCAGAGAAUUUUCAUGCUGAACAUAGCGACAUAUCAGGCAGCUGAAAGGAAGGAGGGGAGAGGCGUUGGAUUAUUUCUUGUUUUCGUGGAAGGUUUGUGAACGAACAGUGUAAAUGUGAAACGAUGAACUGGUUUUGAAUCACUACAGAGCAUUUGGGGAAACUUUGAAACUACAGCAUGAGUCCUGCAAUCAGUCUGGCAAUGGGGUCAUUUUUCAAAUCUGGACUCUACUGCCCACUGCCCAGUGACAUCUAUAUGGGGAAAUCAGUGGUAGUGGCCAAGGUAUUGAACUUCCUGUGGAAACAGGAAGUGAGGUUGAGCAGAGGGAGCUGCCUUUGUCUUUACCAAAGAUAACAUUGAGCAUGAGCAGCAGGCCGCUGCGGCUUGAACCAUAAUACAAUUUAAAUUAUCAGUUCAACAAGAAUUUGUCACAAACGCUCAUGAUGAAUUGACAUCAGAAGCAACAGCUGGCAGUCAGUUUUAUGUUGCGUCCUUAAUUCAUACAGAUCAGUCUUAAACGUGUCCAGUGCACCAUGGCAAUUGCAAGAGAGACGGUUCCUUUCUGUCUGAAAGCACAAAGAGUGAUCAGAGUUUGUUGUGUUGCAGGGAAAAAAAAAAAAUUAAAAACAGGGCUGUGACUCGUGCGUCACAGGUGGAAUCUCUCAUUGUGUUUCAGAAACAUGAAUACCAGUGAUUAGCCAGUCCUGGGUGUCCAGAGUUUUGUUUGGAACAGACGUGAAUGGAAGCGGGCCGUCUAAACAGACAACAUUUAUACUGAACAACAGGACAUUCUAGGUCCAAAGCUGCAGGACAUUCAAUGGCGCAAUUUCAGCAAAACUCAGUAAUAUGAGGAGUGCGUGUUAUUGGCUGUGUGGGAGGCCUCCUUUUCCUA